CAUACACUCUUUCUUUUCUUUCUUUCUUUUCCAUGUUUUCGCGUUCGUUUUACAACACCAUUCACUCUUUUCAUAGAUCCAUUCGUUUUUUGACUACAAGUUCAAUAGCCAAAAAACCAAACUAUGCAUUUGCUUUUGAUAUUGAUGGUGUCCUUUUGAAGGGCAAGAAACCAAUUGCCGAGGCAAAAUCAGCUAUUCAACUGUUAAAUGGUGACAAUCCUCAGAAUAGACGUGUCCCUUUUGUAUUACUGACCAAUGGUGGUGGGAUGACGGAAGCAGCAAAAGCGAAUCAAGUAUCUAACCUUAUUGAUGUAGAGAUUUCACCCGAUCAAGUGAUUUUGUCUCAUUCUCCUAUGCAAAUGUUGACCAAGAAAUACAAGGAAAAACGAGUACUCGUGGUUGGUGGAAAAGGCAAGAUAUGUGCUGAUUUGGCUAAAGGGUAUGGAUUUGAUAAUGUAGUAACUCCUCAAGACCUACAUCAUUGGAAUAACUCGUUAUGGCCUUAUAGUCAACCCAAGGACAUCACUGAGGCUGCUUAUCAAGAUUACUCGACAUUACCCAUCGAAGCGGUGAUGAUGUUCCACGAUUCUUUUGAUUGGGGCCGUGAUCUUCAAGUGAUGCUAGACGCUUUGUGCUCUCAUGAUGGAAUCAUAGGGACGAUGAAAAAGGACUUUAGUACUCAAUCCAUGCCUGUCUAUUUCUCCAACAAUGAUCUGAUCUGGAGCACGGAUUUCCCAACCCCAAGACUUGGACAAGGUGCAUUCAAGGAAGCAUUGGAAGGGUUAUAUAAGGCAUUGACAGGUGGAUCACUAAUAUCGGAAUCAUUUGGCAAACCACAUGGCGCAACCUACUUUUAUGCAGAACGAGUAAUUUCCCGUCAUCAUCAAACACUCUAUGGUGAACCAUUUGUGCCUGAGCAUGUUUAUGCUAUUGGAGAUAAUCCUGCAGCUGAUAUCAAGGGGGCUAAUGCUCAUGGAUGGUCAAGUUUAUUGGUUCGUACUGGUGUACAUACUGGUCCUGGUAACUCUCAAGAAUAUCCAGCAGAUGUAGUAUGUGACAAUGUCUUGGAUGCAGUAAGAUGGGCCAUCAACAAGGAAGAAAUUGUUGUUGCAAAGUUUUAUUUGAUAAUACAAUGUUGAAAAAAAAAAAGAGGAUGCUGAAGAAUCAAAGGAAUAAUAGUACUAUAUGAUAAUUGGUGUCUUGUGGAAUUGGAACUAUUUCUUGGAGAGGAAUGGUAAUUCUACUAUUUUGGAUCCAUUCUUGACAUC